AUGGAUGAGAAGUAUCGAGACAGGGCCCAAUCGCUAGGAUACCAACCAGGCGACGUACGCAGCGACUCAAGAGCCUCUUCGGAAAGAACAUUACUCAAUAUGUCGGAAACGGAGCUUGAGGACCGGAAGCCUAAAGACAUAGAAAAAGGGAGCGCAGAUGGGACAACCACUCGAAUACCGGCCGUCGUCACGAAAGACCAUGUCACACCCGAUCCUCUCGCGAGGACCAAAAUGAUCAUGUGGAUGGCCAUCAAUACUCUAGCAACAGUGUUUAUCGUCUUCUGCAACAAAGCAAUCUUUUCCGAUCCCUCCUUCGGCCAAUGUCAGGCGGCCUUUGCUUCAUUUCACUUCUUCGUCACCGCCUCAACCCUAUACUUUGCCUCACGGCCUCAAUUCCAGAUGUUUACUCCCAAAUGGAUACCAGUAGCCAGUAUGAUGCCUCUGGCUGUAUCAAUGGCUGCAAACAUAGUUGGCAUGAACCUGUCUCUGCAGAUCUCGACUGUCACAUUCUAUCAGAUUACACGAGUGCUUCUUACACCGACCGUUGCCGUCAUCAACUUCUUUUUCUACGGAAAGAAUAUCCCCCGAAUGGCAGCUUACGCUCUGGUGCCUAUGUGUUUUGGUGUUGCUCUCAUCAGCUACUUCGACGUUAAACCACCCCCACCCGCGGGUGCGCCCAUCAAGGAUAAUGGGGUCCUAGGCAUUGUUGUUGCGUUGGGUAGUGUCUUUAUCAGCGGCAUCUACACUGUAUGGGUAGGCUCAUACCAGAGGAAAUACGACGUCAACGGCUUUCAGUUACUCUACAACCAGGCUCCGAUUGGAGCAGUCGUCCUUCUAUACGUCGUCCCGUGGACGGACAAAUUCCCCGCGCUUGACAAAGCGCCUAUCAACAUUUGGUACAUGAUCUUGUUCAGCGGUGUCAUGGCCUCUUUGAUCAACAUAUCGCAGUUCUACAUCAUCAUUGGGGCGGGGCCUGUAGAGAGCACCGUAGUUGGCCAUCUAAAGACCUGUGUUAUCGUCAUUAUUGGCGCCUUCACAGGAGGAAGAAUUAUCACAGUCGAGGCUGCCAUGGGCAUCAUGCUCGCUUUGCUGAGUAUCUUUGGGUAA